UCCUCCGACCAAGAUAACGGACAUAUGGGAUCAGCUCCUUCAGCCGACCGGCGGCCAUCAGCCGAGCAGCAGGAGCAAGAAUCACUCGCUGCCUCUACCGGAUCACUCUCCUUCCUCAAAUCCGCAUUCGCCAAUCUCUCCAACCCUCAAUCUCAAUCUAUCCCCCUUUCCUCGCUUCAUGAAUCCCUCUCCAUCCCUUCCGCAAACCUAAUCCUUCCUUCUGGUUACCACACCACCAAAUUCUCCCUUCUUCUCCCCCAUCUCGGCCCCGCAGUUGCUGACCGCCUUUUCACCGCCGGAAAUGAUACCACCGAUUGGACAGCCUUUCUCGGCGGCUUCAAUCGCUGUUGCGCUCGCAUGCCUGCGUCUUCUUCCGUUAUUAACCUCUAUAGACUCUUCUCCGAUGUCUGCAGGGGAGCCGGGAUUGCAUGUGGCCUGGAGUUUGAUUCGGACGUUCCUGAUGGCGGAAAGGUGGGAGGAACAUUUAGGCCGAGUGAUCUGAUGAUGUUUUUGUGGUUGUGUUGGGCUAUGGAGCAGAGUUCGAGAUUGCCAAUGUCGGGGGAAGGGGGAGAGCUGGCGCUUCCCGAUUUGAGCCAUCUUGUGCUUUCGGCGUUUGUGGCUGGUAAUGAGGCCGGGAGUGAUGAGAGUGUGUGGAGUUUGGAGGGGUUGAGUGUUGAGAAGAUUGUGGCGGUGCAGAAGUUGAAUAGCUGGAUUUUGACAACUGUUCCUGGGAUAGCGAGUUGCUUCUCUCAGUUUUUUAAAGAGAAGAUCAAAUCCGUUGCUGUUUCAUCGGAAAAUUCCACGAAACCAAACCUAUCAGGAAGCAGUGAUUCCUCAGCGAACAACACUGACAGUUUUCUCCUGACAUUUGGGACGGCGUGGGCUAUCUCACUUACUCAAAAAGGUACUCUACGUGAAGAACUUUCUGCAGCAUCCUUUCCAGAACUAUUCAACAACAAGCUCAACAACCUUCUAUAUAGAUCAUCUACUCAUGGGAAAGGCUUGAGUAGGUUUUGGUCCGUAGUUGAAGGCUAUCAUGGGCCACUGCUGUUCCUAUUCUCCGGCAAUUCAGCAGAUUCCAAUGAUGAUAAAGGAAGCAAGAAAAAAUGGGUGGUCGGAGUAUUAACCGAGGAUGGAUUUCAGAAUAGUGAUGUGUUCUACGGAAGUUCUGCACAUCUGUAUGCUAUUUCUCCAAUAUUUCGGGUGCUUUCUCCUACUGGGAAGGAGAAGAAUUUUCUCUACAGCCACUUGCAUCCUACUGGGAGGGUCUAUGAGGCUAAUCCAAAACCUGCUGGUUUGGCCUUUGGAGGAACUAGAGGGAAUGAGAGGAUAUUCAUAGAUGAGGAUUUUUACAGGGUAGUAAUUCGGCACCAUGCAGUUGACAAAACCUAUCAACCUGGCCCCCUUCUACCUAAUCAGGGGUACCUUCCUGUUGAAGCUUCAUUAAUGGAGGCUGAGGUGUGGGGUUUUGGUGGGAGCUCAGCAAAAGAGCAGCAGGAUACAUUUAAGAAAAGGGAAAAUUUAUUCACAGAACAAAGGCGUAAGGUUGACUUGAAAACGUUUGGCUGUUGGGAAGAUUCGCCUGAGAAAAUGAUGAUGGACAUGGUAUCUGAUCCAAACAGAGUUCGGCGAGAAGAUCGUUAACCAGAACUCAUGAACUCAUUGCAAUUUCAUGCAAAUUGAUCACUUGUUCCAUGGUAUUCCCUUCCUUUAAAUUAGUCGAUGAUGCCAAUUCAUGGAUGGCUCUUUAUAAUAUAUAUCUUAAGGUUAAGUGUUAUUCUUGUAGAUUCGUUUUGGCUAUAUGUUAAUGUUUAAUCUGUAUAGAAUUAUACGUUCUAAAUUAUCCUUAUGCUGUAAUAUUA